AUACCUAUUUGUUACCAUUUGUUACUCAUCGAUUAAACAAUCUCGUGUACCGGUCACAAAGUCAUUUUAGCUAAAACAACAAUUCAUCUUUGUACACCUUCUUAAAAUUAGUGUUUAUCGCAAUAUGGAAUCGUCAAAUACAUAAUUUGGUAUUGUAUGACUCAAUAUCAAGUCGCAUUCGCAUACUAAACAAUGGAGCGGCUACAUUUGCUGACUGCAAUUAUAAUAAUUCUAUGCUUCAAAUAUGCUUUUGCGGACCGCGGUGACUAUAUCGGCUGCUACAAACUAUCCGACGAUGUCCUCAAUACACACACCGGGCAAUCGGUCGAUGUCUGCAUUUCCGCGUGUGAACAAGUUUAUUACAAAUAUGCACUCAUCGGGAACGAAUCAACAUGCUUCUGUGGGAACUCCCCAGGUCAGUUCAAAAUUGAUUUAGACGCCUGUAACACGCCAUGCCCUAAAAACGAAACGCAACAUUGUGGUGGAGAAAAUGUAGCAAGCAUCUAUGAUACGGAAGUAAUUAUUCCUGGGCCACCUAUGUCAUUAGAGGUGUCGAAUAUUACUGAGUCCACAGUGAGAGUGCAGUGGACACCUCCUCAAGCCUAUAGUCAAAUAACUGGCUAUGUAAUACGAGCCAUUAUAAUUGAAACUUAUGCUGAUUUCAACAUACAACCUUUAGAAUGGCGUGUACAAAAUACUACUCUGAAAAGUGAACUUCCCAACUUACAACCUGGUUCCGUUUACAAUAUAAGCGUAGCGGCUAUGAAUUUUGAAGAGAUUGGAGCAAAUGUGACCGUACAGACUGAAACUUUGAUUGGUACACCGGAUCCCAGCCCACCAGAUAUCAAAGUUAUACAAAGACGUGGGGAUGAAAUGUUAGUACAUGUUCCGGAAGCAAGAAAUGUAAAUGGGCCUGUCUCUAUGUACAGAAUCAUAGUAUCCAUUGAACUGUAUCAACAAGGCAUAAUAACUGAAAAGCUAGGGAACUAUUCAUAUGCACAAGAACACGGCUUAACCUACUACAUCACAGCUGAACUAGACCCUGAUGAUAUUAAGAAUGACUUUGUAAUUGGAGAUAGAACUACCUACAAUGGUUUCUAUAACGCUCCUUUGCCUCUCACUAAUGAAAUUGAGGUCUCCUUAGGUAUUGUAAGUGAAAGAAAUCAUGUAAAGAAAGUAAGAUAUGCCGAGUCGACAAAAACAAUUAUUUUGAAUAUCAAUGAGCCAGAAGUAGUCUCACCAUUGGUUGUAGCCUUAGGAGCUGGGAUUGCAAUUGGAGUUGUCCUACUGUUGAUUGGAUUAGGUCUCCUCAUAAUUUUAAGAAAGAGAAUUCAUUUUGCUCGCUUACAAAGGGGCUCCCAGUCGAUGCCUCUGAGCCUCAGUGAACCCUGUUUAGAAAUAGAGAACUCUGGCUUUCUUAUAGAUGAAGAAGAUAAAGUGGACUAUUAUAGCAAUCUAAAGAGAAACCUUUGGAAUAUACCGAGAAACAUAAUUGAUAUUGAUAUAUCAAAUGUUGUAUGCCUUGGCAGCUAUGGCAAAUUUAUGAGAGGCUCUGUACAACAUCAGGGCAAAACGACUUUUGGGAUCAUUCAAGUAAUAUCUGACAGAGAGUUGGAUAAAUCUGACAAAAAGCUGAUGCUACAAGAACUUGAUUUACUGAUAAAGUCAACGGAAUGUGAAAAUGUAAUUGCCUUGAUGGGUAUUUGUGAAACCAAUACCACACUAUUUGUAGUGCUCCCAGACAUUAAAGCUUACUUGAAAGACAUGUUGCUGCACAGCCGGCACAGAGACCUCCAAAACAAUAAAUUUUGUCUCCUGUCUGAGAACAGACUUCUGCAAAUUUGUGCGGCUGUUGCUAAUGGAAUGGAGUAUUUGCACAGUAAGAAAAUAGUGCAUAAGAAGCUGAGUUGCCGUAACAUUGGGAUGGCUGCUAACGGGGUGGUGAAGGUGUCUGGUUUUGGUUUGUCCCACAUGCGUCCACUGCACUCGUCGCCCGACUACACGCGCUGGACGUCUCACGAAAUGCUUCGACAGACCCGAUUCAUCCCUAAAGCAGAUGUCUGGUCGUUUGGCGUCUUGAUGUGGGAGAUAUUUACACUGGGCGCGACUCCAUACCACCACGUCGCUAAUAACGAUGUAGCCGUUCGUGUACUUAGAGGCAUGAGACCAACGCAGCCAUCUUAUGUUGGAGAUGAGUUAUUCCAGUUAUGUUUACAGUGUUGGCAAGUGGAUCCUGAUGAGCGACCAUCAUUUUCCACCUUGCAUAGUGAGCUGGUGCCGUUCACCGAUGGUCCGGGCACAAGGAGCUUGAGUUUCACUCACUAUAAUGGAUUUAACUAUGAACCUCAUGUACCAGAAUAUGAGAUGAUUUCAUAGCAGAAGGCUUCUAUCCACAUUUCAGGCUACCUGAAGUGUGUACUGGCCUGUUAGCCAAUUAAACACAACCAAACAUUUUCUGUAACCUAAUAAUAUGACACAAUAGUAAUUGUAAGCUGAAUAUUUGUCUCCGCAACUAUUUUGUCUCUCCCAUAAAUUGUAUGGGGAGUUGUGUCGCUACGUGCGCGCACUUUCAUACUAGCCCAUGGGUGGGAGAGACAAAAUAGUUGCGGAGACAAAGUUGCUCGUGCGUGCUGGCUCUAACGUAUUUUUAUAUUUUGAGUUGUGAUUUUGUAAGAUCUGACAGUAUUGUGAUUUUAUUGAUUUUUUAUAAGUAUUUGUGUAUGGCUAGACCAUUUUUUUGACAAUUUUCUCCUUUACACUGAUUAUGUAAUCAUAAAUUUACUAUUUUUUUUAAUAUAUGUAAUAUAUCCAUUUUCAUAUAGUGAUUAUUAUAAUAAUAUGUAUUAUACCACUUUAACCCAAAGAAUUAUAAUAUAUGUAACUUGGCCAAUAUAGGCAAAAUUUCAAUGUAAGUAUAUAAAAUAGAGGAAAUAUAAAUGAACUUUUAUGUUACGACUUACUAGCUUACAAAAACUACUAUAUGUAGCUUGUAUUUUUAAAUGUAUAAAAUUGGUACAUUUAUCUGUAUUAAUACAAUAAUAAAUAGUAUUCUCAUUAGCCACGUAAAUCAGAUAAUUGAUGUAUUGAAACAUGAUCUAACAAUUUUUAUAUUAUUAUUUAAAUGAUGCAUAGAUAUUAAUAUUAUUAGCCUAUUUAAAUGUAGUAUUAUUUGAAUGUACUUAAUGUUAGUAAAAUAAACUCAAUUAUGUGUUAUAAUCUGAUUAAUAUUCGUUUUGUGUUCAAGAUAACAUAGAUAAAUAUGAAUUAGAUACAUACCUACAUAGAUUAAAAUAUGGUUAAGAUGUAGAUCAGACAAAAUGCAUUUGUAAACAUUUUAAGUAGUUAUAGUUUAAACGCCCUUUAGAAUCUCCCCUUUCUACCCUUUUCUUACAAAAAAAUUGCUUCCAAUCAUGAGACUAAGUUUUUAUACUUACAAUUGUUUACAUGGUUCACAAUUAAUUUUAAGAUUUUAUUAUAUUUUAAGGCAUCUAUGACGAAAAUAGAUCUUACAAGCAAAUUACUUGACAUUCCUUUUUAUUUUUUACUUAUUUUUUUUAUAUUAGGUAUAACUCCGUCCAAUAUCUGUCGUACAAACUGUGAAUGAAAUAAAUUAUUUAAAAAAA